AUGACGUACCGUUCAAUGAAAAGUAAACACAAAGAAACUAUCGUAUCGUAUUGGAACUUUUGCGCAUGCGCAAAGAAAACUUCAAAACCCCACCCCCUCACAAAGUUUUUACAAAGGAGUAUUCACACCAACCGACCGUGGCCUUUGAGGAAGUACCGAUCGGGUCGGGCGGCGGUGCCGUCUUAUCCCGCACCACAUCUCGCCACUGCAUUGCGUGCUUGCACAAAGCCAAGCUGAACCAUACUGAACCGCACCACCCUCCGUACGCCCCGCCGGCCACCGCCCCGCCCAUCUUAGAGUCGCCGGAGCCUAUCUUAGAGGCGUUAGAGGCGGUAGUGUUCCAACCAAGGGCGAAGGAGCGCGUGUCCCCGCCAGUUAUACCGACGAUGCCAGCUGCCAAACCGGAGAAUAUGCAAGAGGGCCUGGAGGAUAGGGACCCUAAUAAUCUCAAUCAACAUGUACAGAUAGUAUGGGACGACAUAAUCGGCGAACCUGAAGGCGCCCGCAGCCCGGAGUGCUCAUGGCGGCUGAGCUCCGUCUGCUUCCAGUACGCCAGAAACUGGUGCUAUAUGCUGCUGGCUGUGCUGAUAGCUCCGCCCUGUGCCUUGCUCCUGGGAUGCGGGUUCGCGUGUUUAGCUUUCGAGCAAAUAUGGUGUACGGCCCCCUGCUUACGCUGCGUGAAAAUCUACUUCGCUUCGCUUCGGACAAUGGUGGCGUCGUGUAUGGCUGCUACAGUGGUGCCGGCGGCGGAGGCGGUCGGCCAUGCUUGCCGGCACAUCCGCAUCAAUUGGAGAAAGGAGGCGCCAGAAGAACGUGACUUGCUGGUCAUUUAG